AUGUCGCUUCGCCUGCGCCAGUCCCUGCCUACGCCCCUGAUUGAUUGCCACGGCACGGCUGGGAAGGGACCCGUCCGGGGAAGCAGGAGCGGCAGGAGGAAGUCGGCAAAAUGCCUGACAAAUUCGAAGCACGCCGAGCCAAAUUCCUCGCUGCUGCCAGCCGGCCCCGGCCAGGGGGAGCCCGAGGCCCGCGAGGCCGAGGCCGCCUCGGGUCCCGACUACGAGGAGGAUGAGGAGUACGAGGAGGCGUUGCCCGUACACCAGUACAUCGUGGACGACUUGAUCCGAGUUGAACCUGUGGUGAAACCCAAGCCAACAAAGAGGGGGGGUGAGAAGAAUGCCGGCAAAUCAAAAAGGAAGAAAAACAAAGGGAAAAACAAAAAGAAAGGGACUCCCUGUGAAAUGGAAUACAAAAACUUUUGCAUCCAUGGUGAAUGCAUAUACCUAGAACAUCUCCAGAUGGUGACCUGCAAGUGUCAUCAGGAUUUUUUUGGGGAGCGCUGUGGUGAACAGUUCAUGAAGACUCAAAGGAAGAAUGAUGUGGCAGACUACUCGAAGACUGUGUUGGUAGUGGUAGCUGUCCUGCUCUCAAGCAUCAGCUUCAUUACUGUACUUAUCAUUGUGAUAGUGCAGGUCAGGAAAAAGUGUCCUCAGUACGAAGAGAAAGAAGAAAGGAAAAAACUUCGACAAGAAAACAGAAAUGGCCAUGUUGGUGUGUAAAUGAGGAGAAAGCAGAACAAUUCUGAUGUGGCCACUGCCAAGCUGCGGGUUACCUCUGGCUACCUGACACAUCCACCUGGACACUGUGGGCUGGAGCUGCUGCCACUAAGCCCUGAUUCAUCAAGACAGAGGCUGCUGCAAGGAGAUGUCAACAUGCCACUUGCUGCUGAAUCGCUUGCUGGGGAGGACAGUUACCGCUACAUCUUGGCACAACGAUGUGAAAGGAGCUGCCGCUAUGGGUAGAGGGCCUGCUAUCAAGACCUGCUAGAGACUACUGCUACCGAGCCCGCUGUGUCGGUGCGGGAGCUCCAGUCUCUG